GAAUGGAGCCCUUAGGGGGGCCGUCUGGAUACAAAGGUCCAGGUGUGGGUCCUGUUUCCAGAGCAGAGUCAGUGGGGCGACUGGCACAGUGUGGACACCAGUACCACUUCCAGUGUCUGGUGGCGAUGUACAACAACGGCAACAAGGACGGCAGUCUUCAGUGUCCAACAUGUAAAACCAUCUACGGCGUGAAGACAGGCAACCAGCCAGCAGGGAAGAUGGAGUACCACAUCAUCCCUCACUCUCUACCCGGCCAUCCCGACUGCAAAACCAUCCGCAUCAUCUACAACAUCCCACCGGGCAUUCAGGGACCAGAGCAUCCGAACCCAGGGAAGCCCUUCACUGCCAGAGGCUUCCCUCGACACUGCUACCUCCCAGACAGCGAGAAAGGACGCAAGGUAAACACAGCUCGCCCUGUUUUUACAGUUAUUUAACCUUUAAAACCUCCC